CACCCUGACUUUCGGCGGCGCGUGUUUCUGGAGUACGCGGAGCAGCUCGCCGCCGCCUCCUCGGACUCGCCACUGCAGCAUCUGAUGCUGUUCAAGGCGGCGAUCCGUGCUGUCGCGCGCCGCCUCGCUGCGGACCACGCUGCGCUCCCCGCAGCCGAAUCCAAGGAAGACCGGCUGGGGAUCGUGCUGAAGCUCAUCCGCUCCAUGGAGUGCGGUCUGCCCGGGGAGGUCUCGAAGUGCCUCGUUCGCUACCCGGCCCUCCGGGAGAAGGUCCCGAACCCGUGCGAUUUCUCGGGCAACUUGACGGUGCGACUUCGCGAGCUCCGACAGCACGCGGCGGAGCUGGCGAGGGACCACGCUUUGGACGAGCUCGCGACGGCCACUGUCAGCGAGGAGGAGAGGACCAGGCUGGACGAGUCCUCCCUCGACCGCGCGCUCCGCACCCGGAAGCGCGGGGCUCGGCUGCUUCAUCGGCUCGCUCCGGGCCGCACGGUGGGCAUCGGGGCCGUCGCCGACGACAGGGGCAACGUGUUGACUAACGCUGACGACAUGGUGGGGGAGCUCCGGAGCCACUGGCAGCGGGUCUUUCAGCGCAAGGGGCACGACUCCCAGCUGCUGCGGGAAUGGCUGGAGGAGGACCAGCGGGCCAGACCGCCAGGGUGCGGUUUUCUCGCGCUGCCCGACGACCUCCGCCUGACGCGACGGCACAUGCGCCGAGCCCUCCGGAUCACGGGAAACACUUCGCCUGGGCCAGAUGGCAUUCCUUUUUCAGUAUGGCGAUCCUUCGGCGACACCGCUGUCGACCUCUUGUACGGGGCGUUCCAGGGGCUCACGGCGGCGGGCGCCACGAGCGAGAUGGAG